AUGAAGCAACAGUCGUUCCAGUACGCACAGCUCCCUCAGUUUAAAUAUCAGAGCUUCGAGCGUCAAUAUCAGACAUUCGAUCGAAAUACUUUGCAAUUUUCUUAUUAUCCCACCUAUACUGUCGACCCUCUGACCGCGGGCAAGGACCAGGUCAACAAUGAGCCCAGUGCCUACGAACCGGAAAAGGGCCCUGCCCCCGAUGAGCCCGUAGCAGAGCCUAGUAGCUCCCCGGAUGAGAGCUCGGCUACUCCAGAUCCUGCAGAAUCCUCCGAGGCAACGACGCCGCCAGCAGAGAGUGAAUCUAACGAUGCGGCUCCCGCAGACGCAAAGGAGGAACUCAAGGAUGCCCCUGAAGGCGAAGAGUCUGCACUAAGCGCUGAACCCGCCGCAGAUCCCGCCACAGAGGACGAGGAGAAGCCUAAUGAAGCCCCUGAAGAGCCAGCCGCAGAGGCCACCAAACCUGUUGAGCCCGAAAUGGGCGAUGAGAAUUCUCCGCCGGCAGAGGCGGACGAUGCACCGAAGAAAGACGACGGAAGCGGCAACAAUGGUUGGCCACUAUUGUGA